CUCGGGGUCGGGUCAACUAUCGUGCCAUUGCAGUUGCCCACUUAAUUAGCUUCAAAUGUCUAGGCCUAGCCUCGCGUAUGAGGACCGGAAGCAUUUUUACAUCAGCUAAUGUCUCGGUCUUCACGAUGGGUCAUUGUUGUCGCCGUCUGUACGGGCCAUCGUUGUCGCCGUCUGUACGGGCCAUCGUUUUCGCCGUCUGUACGGGCCAUUGUUGUCGCCGUCUGUACGGGGUAGAGCCAAGCUGGGGGAUCCGACUCGGGGUUUGCCACAACGAUCGUCUGCUCAGUACACUCCGGUUCUGGCCCCGGCCGUGUUGAUUCUGAGCAGCAAGCCUCUGGCUGGAAGAAGCAUACUGUAGUUGUCAACCUGCUACAAGCAUUGCGGGUGCGAUUAGCCCGUCACUAGCCUGGCCUCGUUUCCUCAGCUCUCGGAGUUUAAGCUCUGUCC